CCGAUGUGAGUUCCCGUAUCUGUCAAGAGCCAGUUCCUCCAUUUAAGAUGCUGACUUGUUUAUGUUGAAGGGACAAGUUUAAGACUUUAGUUAGUUCUUGCACUCUACUUUGAAGCUUGUUUGAGGCAUUUUCUCUUAACGUGUCUGCUUUAUUCCAGGCAGACGGAGCAUGAAGUCUUUUUUGUUGCUAAUUUGUGGUUGAUAGAUAUCUUCAGAUAGCAGAGAGAGAGGGUGGUUGACUGACUGGUUUGAUAAGCAGGGUUUAGGCGUACAGUUUAGUCCUGUCGAUGACUAGUAGGUGGGCAGCUCUCACCCCCAGCAGCUCUCCGUCCUGUGCCUGCUUUUGCUGCCCUGGGAAUAUAAACACAUAGAGGACACAGAGGAGGAGAAGGAGGAGGAGGAGCAGGGUCAACCAUGGAGCUGUAGGGACACGCUCAGAUGCCCGUGCGGAUCACCAGUGGAGGAGGAGUGCCGUUGAGGAGAAGAGCUCUGCAAUGAACAAGACCAAGAGGAAGCCCAAUGUCGAGAGCCCUGGUGGGCUGAAGAGCAGGAAGCUGGUCCAGCGGAGGAGGAAUACAUGUCCCAGUCCUCAGGACAUCAGCCGGGCCCUGCAGAGCCCCAGCUCUGCUCCCAGUGCCAGUGCUGCCAGUCUGGAUGAGCUCAUACAACGUUGCCUAAUCUGCUUUGAUCCAGAGGGGAAGUUUUGCAGCCCCAGAGGGUCCCAGCUGGUCCACAUGACCCUAAUGAUGCACAGUUGGGUCGUGCCAUCUCAGAUGUUCGCCCAGAAACUUCUCACCCUUUAUAAGGAUUGUCCCUCGGACAAUAGAGGACAGAGGCGGACUCAGAUCUGCCACCUUAUCCGGCAGUGGAUGAGCCAGUUCCCGGCGGUUUUCGAGGCAGAUCCCCUCCUUGAGCAGACCAUGGGGGACCUGUGGGCACUGGUCCGGUCAGACGGAGAGGAGAUGCACUCGCAGCUUAUUGACACAUCUUGCUUAAGCCCUCAUGUGAACAUAUUCCAGGCACCCUCACCCUCUGUAAAGAAGAGGAAGGUGUCUUUGAUCUUCGACCACAUGGAGCCAGAUGAGAUGGCUGAGCACCUCAGCUACCUGGAGUUCAAGAACUUCUGUAACGUUUCAUUCCUGGACUACCGCAGCUACGUGGUGCGAGGCUCAGUGAGAGACAACCCUGCCCUGGAGCGGUCAGUCAUGAUGUGUAAUGGAGUCUCCCAGUGGGUCCAGCUGAUGAUCCUCAGCAGACACACAGCCCAGCAGAGAGCCCAGGUCUUCACUAAGUUCAUUCAUGUGGCUCAGAAACUCCGAGCUCUGCAAAACUUUAACACUCUAAUGGCAGUGACUGGAGGCCUUUCUCACAGCUCAAUCUCCCGCCUUAAAGACACAUCUAACCUGCUGCCGCCUGACAUCACUAAGGCCCUGAGUGAGAUGACAGAGCUGCUCUCCUCUCGCAGCAACUACAGCAACUACCGGAGGGUUUACAACGAGUGCAGCGGCUUUAAGGUGCCCAUCCUGGGUGUCCACCUGAAGGAUCUGAUCUCGCUGAAUGAGGCCCUGCCAGACUACAUUGAGGAGGACAAGAUCAACCUGAGCAAGCUGCAGCACCUGUACAGCAAUAUCAACGACCUGCUGGCCAUUCACAGCUGCACACCACCCUUUGAGGCCAACAAAGACCUUCUGCAUCUGCUCACGCUCUCUCUAGAUUUAUACUACACUGAGGAUGAAAUAUAUGAACUUUCAUAUACCAAGGAACCCAAGAACUCCAAGAUUCAGCCUGUAGCACCAGUUAAACCGCCCAUAGUGACAGAGUGGGGUUCAGGGGUCACCCCCCGGCUCGACCCUGGCACCAUAUCUAAACACGUCAAACAGAUGGUGGAUUCCAUAAUGAAAAAUUACGACCAGAACGAGGAUGGUUACAUUUCACUGGAUGACUUUGAAAAAAUAGCAGCCAACUUCCCUUUCUCCUUCUGCACGCACGAAACUGACAGGGAGGGACAAAUCAGCCGUGAAGACAUCACCUCUUACUUCAUGAGGGGAAUGUCUAUAUGUGCCAAGCUGGGCUACAAUUUUAAUGAUGCACACAAUUUCCAAGAAACCACAUAUAAACGGCCGACGUUUUGUGAUACUUGCAGAGGCUUUCUGUGGGGAGUCAUCAAACAGGGCUACCACUGUAAAGACUGUGGGAUAAACUGUCACAGGCACUGUAGAGAUCUGGUGGGAAUGGAGUGCUUGAAGAAACAUAAAAACACAACUGGUUCCUGCCCAUGCACCCCUGCCCCUGAUUUAAAAACCAAGGGCAACAGCUGGAGUUCAGAAGAGGAGGCCUUUGUUUUUCCCCAAAGUAACGACACAGAACACAACAAGGGCACCUCUGUUUGGAAAAAUAACACAGCUGAUUCGGCACUGUCGGACCGCUCCACUCAGACAGAUCCUGGAGUGUGGACACCUGAGAAAAAGGACAAGCGGGGAAACCACCACAACUCUCUUGUACAUGCGUCCCCAGACAGAAAGAUCAACACACUGCCACAGAGAGCCAGAGGCUGCUCCAUGCCGGUUUCCUUCUUGCAGGAGAAGAUGGAGGAGCUGCAUCUCUACAAAGACAAGAGCAGAGAGCCAGACUGAGCGCACCUGUCCUCUAACAUUUCCCCUCAUGGACAAAACAUUCAGAUACCACCAUCUUUCUCACAGAGCUCGGUCUGACUGGUGUUGAACUGAUGACAUUUACUGGCUAUUCACAUCAGAAUACCAGCAAUUACGCAUGGACUCCCUCAUGUUUUGAAGUAUGGAUGUGAUAUGUUUUUUAUUAUUUUAUUUUUAGUCAUUAGUUUGGCUUAUUGUUUAGGCUUCAAACAUCAAUGUUCCUACUGUAAUUUAUAAACACAUUUGGGUUUUUUUUUUAGAACAGAUGCUUGGGUUCUCUGGUGCUAAGAUUUUUCACAACCUCAAUCCAUAAGGUCAUUUAUGACACAAGGGUUUUCGGAUCUUAUACACAAACAAUAAGAACAGGGUAGGAAAUUAACACUAACCUCAACAAAAAGCUGGUUCAUUUAAACAUUGGCAGCUAUAUGACAACACUGCAAAUGAAUUUGUAAGCCGCAACAAAUUUUAGAACUGCCAUUUGUUUGGCUUUGUGUUUGGUGAUAUAACAUGAGACACUGUCACUUGUCAAUCAGUAGCUAUUACUAUAUAGUUUAAGGUAUUUGCCCUUUUAAUAUCUCUGCUUAUUGUAGGCCAAAAAGGGCAGACAGUUAUUCGAAUCACUGAAGCCUUUUCUUUAUGGUAAUUGUAAUUUGUGGCUACCUUCCUUGACAAUAUUGGCAUUUUCAUCUAGUUAGUAAGUUGCUUAGUUACAUAUUCAGAAAAUGUUCCAUCAAAAUUUCUAUUGCUAUAACAAACAAUGUAAUUGUGAUAAAACACUUUGUCCUUAUCACACAUGCCUAGUUUGGUUGGUAAAUAGUGAAAGCAGCUUGUGAAGUCUAAUCCAUCAGCCACUACAACUAGCAGCAGUAAAUGUUGAUUUCCUGCCCUGACAAAAUUUGACUUUCAAAGUUUAUUCAAGGUUCAGCAGGACUGCACUGGGAUUAUACAUAUGCUCAACAUAUUAUGUUCAGCUAAAUGCUUAUUUGUUUUGUCCUUUGUCCACAAUUACAUAAAAAAUACAUCAGUAAUAAAUCA